AUGGAAAGUCCAAACGGUUGGACUCGACAUGCAUACCCCGUUCAGUCGUCCAAAACUGAACCUUGUACAACACCCUUGCCACAAGAAAAUCUUGCAUCCACAAUUCAAUUCCCAACGAGGAUUCAUGCCGUGCAGGAAGCAGAAAAGUUCCAACCCCAUGGCAAGACUAUUGUUGUCUGCUUGGAUGGCACUGGUGACAAGUUCGACGGUGACAACAGCAACAUCGUGUACCUAGUUAGCUGUUUGAAAAAGGACGACAAAUUUCAGAACACAUACUACCAAGCAGGGAUUGGCACAUACAGUAACAAUGGAGUUAGCUCUGGGAUCUCCGCCAGUCUUGAUAUGGCAGUUGGUAGUCUCCUCGGGCUUCACGUCCGAGAUGCCUACCACUUCCUGAUGCAGACCUAUAAGGAGGGCGACAAGAUCUGCAUCUUUGGUUUCUCAAGAGGGGCGUACACCGCGCGUUGUCUAGCCGGCAUGAUUCACAAGAUAGGAUUGCUUGCCCCGCACAACGUGGCCCAGAUACCAUUUGCUUAUGACAUAUACAAGGAUGAUAGUAACCAGGGACGAGAACAGAGUAUUCAGUUCAAACGUACGUUUUGCACGAAUGUCAGUGUUUACCUUCUUGGACUGUUCGAUAGUGUUGCAAGUGUUGGGAUUAUACCACGCGACUUGCCCUUCAGUACGACUAGCACAGCCAGAUGUAACUAUAUCAGACACGCUGUGGCCUUGGACGAACGUCGUGCCAAGUUCAAGGUGUGCCGCUUUGAAGGAUCCGACUAUGUGCCACCUGCGGAGGAGCCACGGUCAGGUACUGCCGCACCAGCAGUGGAAAACAAGGUCGUCGAGCAGUCAGAUGGAUAUGCUCACAGACAUAGUCUAUCGAAUGGUGAAAUUGUGACGCCCGACAAAAUUAACAGAAUGAAACGGUCACUAUCUGAGCCCUCAGGAUCGGUCCAGGAGAGACGCCCAAAGUCUCGACAGAUGGUGUUGAAGACCGACCUGCUUGAAAUCUGGUUCGCUGGUUGUCAUGCUGAUAUUGGUGGUGGUGCCGUCAAAAAUGAAGAGCGCCAUCGGCUGGCCCAGAUUCCACUGCGGUGGAUGAUCCGACAAUGUUUCGAAUGCGACACAGGGAUCAUAUUCAAAGCAAAGAUGCUCGUCGAAAUGGGUAUUGAUGUGCAUACUCUCUGGCCAAAAUACAUUAAGCUAGAAGCCCCCAUUCUUGGACCGUCUCCAUCUCUAGUGGAACAGUAUCAAUCAGGCCUUCCCCCCAGAAGUAGGCGUUCGAGUCUACUUACCCCUAUUAAGGGUCCUAUGAAGAAGAGAGGCUAUUUCGAUCUCAGCCUUACAAGCCCUUCAAGCUUCGACUGGCUGCCAGAGCAGAUUGAAGAUUACUUUGACGCCCUAUCACCCAUGAAUGAUCAACUGACAGUGGCGAUGGCCUGGUGGAUGCUGGAGGUGUUUCCUACAGGAUACCAGAUGUACAAUCCCAAAACUAAUGUUUGGGAUUCGAGGAUCGGCAUGAAUUUGGGCAUGCCUCGUCCAGUGAUUGGUGCUGAACCCAACCUCCACUGGACGGUGCAGCAUCGCAUGACGAACCUGGGUUACAAGCCCAAGGCAUUGAUGGAAAAAGGUGCUGUGUGGCAGAUCAUGGCCUAA